UAUUCUGCUCCAAACUCGGACAGUGCCUGGGCAUCUAUGCAGUUUACGAACAAAGCUAAUUUAGCUUGUGUUAGUAGCAUGCUAUCGCUAGAGAAGCCUGCUCUCCAGAUGUCUGUGUACAAUUUAGCUAACGCUAUGCAACUACUUAUAUUACUUUGAUAGCUGCAAUGGAUGGUUUAGAUAGCUAGACUUCUGCUUAGCUGAAAAUGUGAAUGAGUAAACUCAGUGUUGUAUGGAGUACUUUAGACGAUAUCGUUUGCUUAACGCAAUAGUGUAAUGGUUUGACUGUCACCGUGAGUUUCCGCACUGUGGAGGAUUUCACCUCCUUCCUAAUAUUUGAGGAAGGACCCUCUGAAUCCCACUCCCAUCUGUUUAAGCACACAGCCCAGGUGGCCAACCUACAGACUUUGCCUGCCUUACUGUAAUGAGCCUGUGCUCACCCUCGUAAAUGUGCAGGUCGUUACGCUACUGUGUUAGUCACUGUCUGUACGCCGCCAUGACCCGACUGGAAGAAGCAAACAGGGAGGUCGGCAUGCUGUCACCCGUUCGGUUCCUGGGCUAUCUGUCCAGCCUGAGCCUGCUGGUGGCCAUUUGCCUGGGCCUGUAUGUGCGUUGGGAGAAGACCGCGGAAGCCACCAUUCUGGUCAUCUUCAUCCUGGGCCUGUUCGUCCUGGGAAUCGCCAGCAUACUGUACUACUAUUUCUCCAUGGAGGCGGCGAGCAUGAGCCUCUUCCACCUGUGGUUCGGUUUCCUGCUGGGGCUGCUCUGUUUCCUCAACAGCCCCGCCCUGCAGAACGACGUCAAGGAGGAGGCCACCAACUACCUGCUGCUGGCCAGCGUGGUACUGAGGACCCUGUGGGCGCUGCUGGAGCGGGUCCGCGGCCGGGUGCGGCACCGGCCGACCCUCCUGACCUCGGCCGAGUUCCUGGAGCUGGUGGGGUUCGCCAUCGCCAGCACCACCAUGCUGCUCCACAAGGCGCUCAGCCUGAUCGUCCUGGUGGUGGCCCUGGCCGUGCUGCUGGUGGACCUCCGGAUGAAGUCCUUCCUGGCCCUCCCGAACCUGGCCUGCUUCGCCGCCGUCACCUCGACGGUGUUCUUCGGCGCCCUGGACAUCCAGGCCAACCCGUUCGCCCUGUCCUGCUACCUGAGCCGGCUGCUCUGCGACCCCCUGCUGGACGUCUACUUCAGCGGGCUGUCGGUGACCGAGCGCUGGCUGCCCUUCCUGACGCGAGGCCCGGUCCUGCGCCGGCUCACGGUGCUCCCGCUGAGCCUGGCCGAGCUGGCCUUCCUGGCGCUGGCCGCCGUCAAGCUGGCCGACCUGGAGCUGUGGUACGUGGUGAUCCCCAGCUUCUGCGUCUCGGCCGUCUUCUGGGCCGUCUGCCACGCCAUCCUGGUGGUCACGCUCUGGGGCUUCCACACCAAGCUGGGCGAAUGCCAGAAGGUCUACGGCGCCCAGCGCGGCGAGGGCCGGAGCCUGGACAGGGUCAUGGCCUCCAAGGGCAUGCGCCACUUCUGCCUCAUCUCCGAGCGCCUGGCCUUCUUCAGCCUCCUGUCCACCGCCAUCCUGGCAGCCAUUUCCUGGCAGCCAAACAGCGGGACCUUCCUGAGCAUGCUCCUCUUGAUCCUGCCCCUGGAGUCGCUGGUGCACGGCCUCUUCCACGAGCUGGGGAACUGCCUGGGGGGCACCUGUGUGGGCUACGCGCUGGUCAUUCCCACAAGCCACUGCAGCGCUGACGGACAGCCGGCCCUGCUCCCGCCGGACCUGGUCCAGGAGCUGAACCUGCGCUCCACGGGCAUGCUGAACAGCAUCCAGCGCUUCUUCUCGCACCACAUGAUCGAGCCGUACAGCUGCGACUACUCCACGGCGGGCAUGCCCCUGGACAGCCUGCAGGCCAAGCUGAGGGCCUUCCUGGAGCUCCGCACCGCCGACGGGCCCCGCCACGACACCUACCUGGUCUACUACAGCGGCCACGCCCAGCGCUCCGGCGACCUGGCCCUCGCAGGCGGGGACACGCUCCGAUUGGACGAAGUGCUGGAGUGGUGGAGGGAGAAGAACGGCGGGUUUUGCUCGCGUCUCAUCCUCGUGCUGGACACGGAGAACUCGCUGCCGUGGGUGAAGGCGGUCAAGGGUGUGGACGAGCUCUUCGUGGCGGUGCAGGGGGCGGAGUUCAGGCGGCCGGUGGACGCCGAGUCUCCGCCCCCUCAGCUGGGUGACUUCAGCACCGAGUGGGUGGAGUUCAACUGCGACCCCGACAGCACAAUUCAGUGGGCGGAGAAAGGGCGGACCGUGCUGGCGGCCUACGGCGUCUCCAAGAGGUGGAGCGACUACACCCUGCACCUGCCCUCAGGAAGUGACGUCACCAAGCACUGGAAGACCUACUUCCCCAAGGUGACCUACCCGCUGGUCUACCUGGCCAACUGGUGCGGGGGUCUGAACCUGCUCUGGGCCUGCAGCAUGUGCCUGCGUUGCUUCCGGAGGCUCAAGAUGGCCUGGUUUCCCCCCAACAUCCUGGACACCGGCCAAGGGUUCAAGCUGGUCAAAUCCUAACUCGCCGCCGUUUAAAAGAGUUUUUAUUUAGCUGUGCCGAUUAUGUAUGUACUUUAUAUUUUUCAAAUGUAAUAUAACUGUCUCUCCCCCACCGUUCAAGGGCUGUUUUGUUUCUUUUUUUGUUUUAAAAAAUUUGCAUCGGCUUGUGUUUGUCGUCUCUCCCACCGAGUUGAUUUGUAUGUUUGGUUACGUUGAAAGUUGUUGUUCCCUACUUAAUGGGCAGCUGUUGGGUCUGGAUGGGACUCCUGGUGAUGAUGGUCACUGUGUUGAGCCUGGUCCGUUACCUGAACGGGCGGGUAGAGUGACAGUGUUUAGCCGCUCCGAGGAAGUGUACAUAGGAUCUCUCGAUAUUGGUGUGGUUGUCUUAAGAUGCAUUGAAAACCGCUGGCUUUAUGAAUGAACGACAGGUACCUGGUCAUGUGAUUAUGAAGCUGGCUUAUUUGGUGCUUGAGAAGUGGAGGUUUGUUGUCUUUUGUGUAAUGGCUGAUAACCAUACUCCUUUAGGCUAUGAAUGACAGGGAAAUCGUAAGUGGUGUACGUAAGUUUGACUUUGAGUGGUACUUUGUUAACUUAUACACUGACUGAAUUUUUAGGCCAAAUUUUCUAGCAGGUUAUUGGUAGAAAAACUACGUAAAUAAACUGCCCUGUAAAGGAAUGGGUCUGGUUGCUUACCCUGCCCUGUACCCAAAACUAUGUGUACUGAAAUAGACCGGCGGUCUCUUAAUGCUAUGAAGAUGAUGGGCAUUUGAGAAUUGUGUUCUAGUCACUGCAUAGGGGAAGCAGAAUUUGUUUCUCGUUUACUGACUGAUGUAUUAAAAUGGCAUUAGAACAGUCAUCAUUGCACCUUACUGGUACAGACACCGAGUCUGCCAAUAGCAACCUGUAGAAUAAUGCUGACAGUGAUCGGAGGACACUACUUCCUGGUAAUACUGAGACAAAAUCAGGAAGACUGUAAAAUCAGGCCAGAGAUUUCACAAUGGAAGCAAGCCAAUGACAUGAGAACUGGGACUGUUUGGUGGCUGCCGCUACUCAGAUGAUUCCCCCUAUUAGUGCCUUUGCGCCUCCUGGUGGUGAAACGGGGGUAGUGCUGUUACGCUGGGGGAGCUGCUCAGUUUGUUUCUGAUUUCUGAAAUGUUUCUGUUUCUGAUUCCAUAUGUCACAGCUUGCACAAGUGGAAGCCCAAACACAGGGGCAGUAAUUUGUAGUGGUUGGGUCGUCAGUGAUCGACUCUUACAAACUGAAGUGUUCUGAUUGGCGUGUUUUUAGUGGGGCGGUGGGGUAAGGUGGAUCAGAAAAGGCCUUCUUGCCUGGCCUUGUGGGGGAUGUUGCCUAGAGUUUCCCCAACUGGGGUCUGUGAAUGAGUCCUCAACACAAUUGGAGGGCAAAAAAUAAGCCUUCCGAAACCAGCCCCCCCCCAAAUCUCUUGACGUUACUCGUAAUAUUUUCAAAUUCAAUGCAUUUUAUAUUAUUAAGUAUUGAUAAUAUAGGCUACAUAAUUAUAUGAUCAUUGUAAUGUAAUGAUCCUAUUAUUGUGAUGCUAAAUACAUGAGUGAUGAACAGUAGGUUCACAGAGUAUGAUCUUCCGGUAGAAUUGUGCACUCAUAUAUGAAUGCAUUGCAGUCUUCUGCAGGUAGGCUACUAGAUGAAGGUGUUAUCAGUGAAGACUUUCAUCAAGGCUCAACCAGAGGAUGGUCAUUUCAGAUGGGCCCUAAAAUGAGAGGUUUUGGGAACCCCUGGUGUGGGGUUGUCACACAAGAGUGUCCGUCUGUCCUGUGGCCCAUGUGACUAGUCUUGUGUUGUUAAAUGGGGCCUUCUCCUGUCGAGCACUGUGAGUCUUCAAACAAGUUUAUGCAAAAAAACAGCCAAAGCGUAUUUUAUUCAAACGUAACUGCCUUGUGUAACCCUAUGCAUCUUCUCAAAAGCUUUCGUUGUACUUGUUUCUCUGAAACAAUGCCUUAAUUCCAGUGUAUUUUCUGCUUACCAUUAACAAUGUAAAUGUAGUUUUGUUGAUACAGAGGAGGAGAAGCAAAACUAUUCCUGGAGGGUCCAGUCUGUUUCUGGAUUUCAUGCCAACUCCUGCUCCUAAUUAUUUAAUUAUGAGCCAGAUCAUUCAUGCGAUCUGACGGUUUAGCUACAUUAAUUUAUGAGCUCAUGAAAGCUGUUUCCCUGAUCCUAUGUGAAAUGUUUUGCUGUGGACUGAUCAAUGAAGGGACUGCCAUUGGCAUACACAAAGCUAAGCAAAUUAGCCAAGUGUGAUUGGUGGAAACAGGAAGCAGAAACUGAAAAGGCCAGUCAGGAAUAGUGUUCUCCCAACCUCCAUUUUAGAACGCCUGGCCUGCUGAAGGUUGUCACGGGUAACCGCGAGUGCAGAGCGGACCCACUGAGCACAGGGAUGUGACUGACGCGUGUCCAUCAUCGUCGACGACGUGAAAGCGUUCGUCGGACUGGGUGGAGCUCCAGCUUUGAGGUCAUGAUCUCCCCCUUUUUUUUUUUUUUCCUCUCGUUACUGCAUCCCGGUGCUCACAGGAAGACACUGUGGACCGGGGAAGACAAGUGUACUAAUCAAUAAAGCCGUUCUUUCCUCUU